UCAACUAAGCAAUGUGUAUCAUCAAGAAAACAUAACCUUAUAAUUAGUAAAACGUUGUUUUACGUGCGAUACAUACUGUUAAAAGUUUUAUUAUUAAGCAGUUUCAUUGUUUUAACUAAAACUAUUUUAAUACAAGAAUAAAUAAUUAAUAUUUAAAAAAUGGUAGGGCAUGAAAAAAAAACACGUAGAAGCAGAUCAAGAGAACGAGAACGUGAUAGAGAUCGAGACCGUGAGCGUGAUCGUGAACGUCGUCGACGUUCUCGAAGCCGAUCAAAAGAUCGAAUAAAAAAAGAACGAAAACGUUCAAGAUCUCGUGAAAGAGACAGAUCAAGAGAACGAGAUCGAGAACGUCCAAGAUCACGCGAAAGACGUGAUGCCAAAGAUAAACCUCAAGAAAAAGCUCGAAAACCUAGUCCAAUAUUCAACAUUGAUGAAGAAAAUGCUAAAAAAGAAAGUAUCAAGGCUUCAUCUUCAACAACAGAAGUCAAGAAAGAUGAAGAAGAAGUGGAAGAAAAACCAAAAGAAAUUAUUAAAAGGGAGCCUUUGAGUUUAGAAGAACUUUUAGCAAAGAAAAAAGCUGAAGAAGAAGCUCGAGCGAAGCCAAAAUUUCUCACUAAAGAGGAACGAGCAGCUCUAGCUCUACAAAAACGUCAAGAAGAAGUUGAAGCUAUGAAAAAGCAACAAGAAGAAGCUAAAAAAUUAGUUAUUAAUCAGAAAGACCGGGAAUGGGAUGAUCGUGAUCGUCGACGAGAAGGCCAGAGACUUAGAGAAGAAGAAGUUAAAGAUAAAGAUAAAGAAAAAGAAGUAGAAGCUAUCAAAGAACGAUAUCUAGGACUUGUUAAGAAGAAACGUCGAGUACGACGUCUAAAUGAUAGAAAAUUCGUAUUUGAUUGGGAUACCUCUGAAGAUACUUCAGUAGAUUAUAAUAAUAUUUAUAAAGAGCGUCAUCAAGUACAAUUUUUUGGUCGAGGAAACUUAGCAGGAAUUGACAUUAAAGCUCAAAAAAGAGAUCAAAGUAAAUUUUAUGGAGAAUUGUUGGAAAAAAGACGUACGGAAGCUGAGAAAGAACAGGAAAAAAUGAGACUUAAGAAAGUAAAGAGAAAAGAAGAAAAACAAAAAUGGGAUGAUAGACAUUGGUCAGAAAAAGCUCUAAAUGAAAUGACUGAAAGAGAUUGGCGAAUAUUCAGAGAAGAUUAUAAUAUUACUAUUAAAGGUGGUAGAAUUCCAGACCCUAUAAGAUCAUGGAAAGAAUCAGGGUUUCCUAAAGAAAUUCUUGACAUCAUAGACAAGGUCGGUUAUAAAGAUCUUACUCCUAUUCAACGUCAAGCUAUUCCAAUAGGUUUACAAAAUCGAGAUAUAAUUGGUGUAGCUGAAACUGGUUCUGGUAAAACUCUGGCAUUUUUGAUUCCCCUUCUGCUGUGGAUUACGAGUUUACCAAAGAUUGAAAGGUUAGAAGAAGCUGAUCAAGGUCCAUACAGUAUAAUAUUAGCUCCCACUCGUGAGUUGGCUCAGCAAAUUGAAGAAGAAACUAAUAAAUUUGGACAACCUUUGGGAAUUAGGACUGUUGUCGUUGUCGGAGGAUUAUCAAGAGAGGAACAAGGAUUCAGACUUCGGAUGGGUUGUGAGAUUGUUAUUGCCACUCCAGGACGAUUAAUUGACGUGUUAGAGAAUAGAUAUCUAGUCCUGAAUCAAUGUACCUAUAUUGUAUUGGAUGAAGCUGACAGAAUGAUCGAUAUGGGUUUUGAACCAGAUGUCCAAAAAAUUCUUGAAUAUAUGCCGGUUACUAAUUUAAAACCUGAUAAUGAGGAUGCAGAGAAUGAAGAAAAAUUAUUGGCCAAUUAUAAUACAAAGAAGAAGUAUAGACAAACUGUGAUGUUUACUGCUACUAUGCCAGCAGCUGUAGAAAGAUUAGCAAGAACUUACUUAAGAAGACCUGCUAUGGUUUAUAUUGGCAGUGUUGGUAAACCAACGGAACGAACUGAACAAAUUGUUCACAUUAUGGGAGAAGCUGAUAAAAGGAGAAAACUUAUGGAAAUUCUUAGUAGAGGAGUUGAACCUCCUAUUAUUAUAUUUGUUAAUCAAAAGAAAGGAGCUGAUGUUCUCGCUAGAGGACUUGAGAAACUUGGAUAUAAUGCUUGUACUCUUCACGGUGGCAAAGGACAAGAACAACGAGAAUAUGCAUUAGCAUCACUUAAAAGUGGAAGUAAAGAUAUUUUGGUUGCUACCGAUGUUGCUGGUCGUGGUAUAGACAUCAAGGAUGUGUCUAUGGUUAUUAAUUAUGAUAUGGCAAAAACUAUCGAAGAUUACACUCAUCGUAUUGGAAGAACGGGCCGAGCUGGAAAAGCAGGUUUAGCCAUUUCCUUCUGCACGAAGGAUGAUAGUCACUUGUUCUAUGACCUUAAACAAACUAUUUUAGCAAGUCCAAUAUCAACUUGCCCACCGGAAUUAUUAAAUCAUCCAGAAGCUCAACACAAGCCUGGAACUGUAGUGACCAAAAAACGACGCGAAGAGAAAAUAUUUGCUUAAAGUUAUUACAAUGUGAAAAAUAGUGAUGAAUAAUGAAUUGGGGAUAUACACCUUAUCUUCAGUUCGUGUCCAAUAGUGAAGUACAACAGGUUGCCAAUUAACAUCAGGUUUAAAUGUUUGUUUUUCAUCUGGCUUCCAGAGAGCAGAUGCAAGAAUC